CCGGAAGCCGGUAGCCCGUGGAUAAGACCCUGGGUAGCCCCGUGUGUGGCCCUUUUCCGCCUGAGCCAGCGAGCGGGACGCGGGGAGGGGAGCGAAGAUCCUCCAUAAUGACUGACUGGGAAACAGCCCCUGCUGUGGCAGAGACCCCUGAUAUCAAGUUGUUUGGGAAAUGGAGCACAGAUGAUGUGCAGAUCAGCGACAUCUCUUUGCAGGAUUACAUUGCUGUGAAGGAGAAAUAUGCGAAGUAUUUGCCCCACAGUGCUGGCCGCUAUGCUGCCAAGCGCUUCCGCAAAGCCCAGUGCCCCAUUGUGGAGCGCCUCACCAACUCCAUGAUGAUGCACGGGCGCAAUAACGGCAAGAAGCUCAUGACGGUGCGCAUCAUCAAACAUGCCUUUGAGAUCAUCCAUCUGCUCACAGGAGAGAACCCCCUGCAAGUCCUGGUGAAUGCCAUCAUCAACAGUGGUCCUCGUGAAGACUCUACCCGUAUUGGUCGAGCUGGUACAGUGAGGAGACAGGCUGUUGAUGUGUCACCGCUGCGUCGUGUCAAUCAGGCUAUCUGGCUGCUCUGCACUGGGGCACGUGAAGCUGCCUUCCGUAACAUAAAGACCAUAGCUGAGUGCCUAGCAGAUGAGCUGAUCAACGCAGCUAAGGGUUCCUCCAACUCCUAUGCCAUCAAGAAAAAGGAUGAGCUGGAGCGUGUGGCCAAGUCCAACCGUUAAAGAGCCCAUGCUGGAAGUCCGAAGCAAAUAAAUUUUAUUUCAUACUGUU